CUGAGCUCAGUCUGUGUUUGUGUGUCUGCAGCGUGUCGGACAUCUGAAACGCUUUGGAUCACAUCAGUGACCGAUUAUUCUGCAGAGAAUUUACACAGAAAAUCCACUUGAUGCUCGUUUACUUAACCUCAGCUCCAGAGACUCGUCCUGCAACGGUCUGCAUGGAGAGACAAGCAGUGAGACGGGCCAGAGAGGCCUUCCUGAGUGGGAGGACUCGACCGCUGGAGUUUAGACUGCAGCAGCUUCACGCCCUGCAGAGGAUGAUCAAAGAAAAAGAGCAGGAGAUCUGCACCGCUCUCAAACAGGACAUCAACAGGAGUCAGUAUGACACACCACUCCUGGAGCUGAUUGGCAUUGAGAAUGAGAUCAAGCUAGCGAUAAAGAAGCUGGCGGAGUGGGCGGCUCCUCGGUCAGUGGAAAAGAGCCUGUUCACUAUAAAAGAUGAGGUUUAUGUCCAACUGGAGCCACUAGGAGUGGUGCUCAUUAUCGGAGCAUGGAACUACCCCUGGUCCGUUACACUGCAGCCACUGGUUGGAGCUAUCGCUGCUGGCAACGCAGCUGUGGUGAAGCCAUCAGAGCUCAGCGAGUGCUCGUCCCUCCUCCUCCGGGCUCUGCUUCCACGCUAUCUAGACAAGGAUUUGUACCCAGUGGUGACAGGUGGCGUGUCAGAGACUCAAGAGCUGCUGAGACAGAGGUUCGAUCACAUCUUCUACACAGGAAACAGCACAGUUGGCAAAGUGGUGAUGGAGGCAGCAGCUCGUCACCUCACACCAGUGACCCUGGAGCUAGGAGGGAAGAGCCCGUGCUACAUUGACAAGGACUGUGAGAUCAUGGUCGCCUGCCGUCGUAUCACGUGGGGGAAGUUUGUGAACUGCGGUCAGACGUGCAUCGCUCCAGACUACAUCCUGUGUGAGCCGUGCAUCCAAGGACGGGUGGUGGAGUGCAUCCGACAAACUCUGCUGGAAUUUUACGGCGCUGAUCCCAAAUGCUCACCAGACUAUGGACGAAUCAUCAACCAGCGUCAUUUCAUCAGAAUCAUGGGUCUGAUGGAGGGUUACACUCCUGUGAUUGGAGGACAGAGUGACGCCUCACAGCGAUACAUCGCCCCUACAGUGCUGAAGGAUGUGCCCCCUCAUUCCAGGCUGAUGCAGGAGGAGAUAUUCGGCCCCCUGCUGCCCAUCGUCACUGUGAGUGACAUGGACGAUGCCAUCCGCUUCAUCAAUGAGAGAGAAAAACCUCUGGCUCUCUACAUCUUCUGCAAGGACAAGAAGGCGAUAAAAAGGAUGAUCGAGGAGACAACAAGUGGAGGAGUGACGGCCAAUGAUGUCUUGAUGCACUACACGCUGAACUCGCUCCCGUUUGGUGGAGUUGGUCAGAGUGGUAUGGGCCGUUACCAUGGCAAACACACCUUUGACCAACUGAGCCACCAGAGGGCGUGUCUGGUCCGCUCUCUGGAUAUGGAGAACGUCAACCUGUCUCGUUACCCGCCUCAGGACCGCCGGCGGGCCCGCAGGGCGCGAAUGGCACUCAGGUCCCCGCUGAUAGACAUGUCAAAGAGGACGUUCAUCUGGGCUGUCACCGCCACCGUCAUCGGCUUUGGCCUCUUUGUCACCCUGAUGGUCAUCCUCCUUAUUGCUGCAGGACUCAACUGCACCUGCUGGUACUGGAGAGGCAUCUACAACUACUUCUGGUGAAAUAUCUGUAAACUCUGAUCACAAAACAAGUGCUUCUUAGUGUUUAUGUUCAAAACAUGUUUUUAUUUUGCUA